GCCGGUUCCGCCCAGCAGCCUCACUGCGCCGAGGAAUAGCUUUUCUUCUUCCAGCAGAUCUCCCUGCGCACACCGGAUACUCCAGCCAAAUAAGCCCGCACCGCGACGGCCGAGAGCGGCGAGAGAAGGCCUCCUUCCUACGUCGUGCUUCCGUCCCCCAAACCUGCCUCUGCCACUCGGAUCUGAUCGCGUCCGGUUCGUUUGACGGUUUUUUUUUGUUUUGCGGAACAGUCUUGCGUGGCGCUCUCGGUGUCCUGUCGCCGACAUGGUAGACUAUCACGCCGCCAACAACCAGUACUCGUCCGGCGGGGCGCAGACGUACAUGGAGCAGGAGAACGACUGGGAUCGGGACCUGCUGCUGGACCCGGCCUGGGAGAAACAGCAGAGGAAGACCUUCACGGCGUGGUGCAACUCCCACUUGAGGAAGGCCGGCACACAGAUUGAAAACAUCGAGGAAGACUUCAGGGACGGACUCAAACUUAUGCUGCUUCUGGAGGUCAUCUCAGGUGAACGGUUACCCAAGCCUGAGCGAGGCAAGAUGAGGGUUCACAAGAUCAACAAUGUCAACAAAGCUCUGGACUUCAUCGCCAGCAAGGGAGUCAAACUGGUCUCCAUUGGUGCAGAGGAAAUUGUGGACGGAAACGCCAAGAUGACCCUAGGAAUGAUCUGGACCAUCAUCCUCCGCUUCGCCAUCCAGGACAUCUCUGUUGAAGAGACGUCUGCUAAGGAGGGUCUUCUGUUGUGGUGCCAGAGGAAGACCGCUCCCUACAAGAAUGUAAAUGUGCAGAACUUCCACAUUAGCUGGAAGGACGGUCUCGCCUUCAACGCUCUGAUCCACAGACACAGACCAGAACUCAUCGACUAUGACAAGCUCAGAAAGGACGAUCCUGUGACCAAUCUGAACAACGCCUUCGAGGUGGCUGAGAAGUAUCUGGACAUCCCCAAAAUGUUGGAUGCAGAAGACAUCGUGGGCACGCUGAGGCCCGACGAGAAGGCCAUUAUGACCUAUGUCUCCUGCUUCUAUCACGCCUUCUCUGGCGCUCAGAAGGCCGAGACAGCCGCCAAUCGUAUCUGCAAAGUGCUGGCCGUCAAUCAGGAGAAUGAGCAUCUGAUGCAGGACUACGAGUCACUGGCCAGCGCGCUUCUGGAGUGGAUCCGUCGCACCAUCCCCUGGCUGGAGAACAGAAACCCAGAGAAGACCAUGUCUGAGAUGCAGCAGAAACUGGAGGACUUCAGAGACUACCGCCGUGUCCACAAGCCACCAAAGGUCCAGGAGAAAUGUCAGCUGGAGAUCAACUUCAACACGCUGCAGACCAAACUGAGACUUGGCGGCAGACCCGCCUUCAUGCCCUCAGAGGGACACAUGGUGGCUGACAUCAACAGAGCGUGGCACACCCUGGAGGGGGCGGAGAAAGGCUACGAGGAGUGGCUCCUCAACGAGAUCAGACGCCUGGAGAGACUGGAUCAUCUGGCAGAGAAGUUCCGGCAGAAGGCCUCCAUCCACGAAUCCUGGACCGAUGGAAAGGAGGCCAUGCUGACUCAAAAGGACUACGAGACCGCCACGCUGUCAGAGGUCAAGGCAUUGCUGCGGAAACACCAGGCCUUUGAGAGCGACCUGGCAGCCCAUCAGGACAGGAUGGAGCAGAUUGCCGCCAUCGCACAGGAGCUCAAUGAGCUGGACUACUAUGACUCUCCCAGCGUCAACGCUCGCUGUCAGAAAAUCUGCGAUCAGUGGGACUGCCUGGGAGCGCUCACCCAAAGCCGCAGGGAGUCACUGCAGAAAACUGAGAAGGUGCUGGAGUCCAUAGAUGAGCUCUACCUUGAGUACGCCAAGAGGGCGGCGCCCUUCAACAACUGGAUGGAGAGUGCUAUGGAGGACCUGCAGGACAUGUUCAUCGUCCACAACAUCGAGGAGAUCCAGAGUCUGAUCCACGCUCACGAACAGUUCAAGUCCACUCUGCCGGACGCCAACAGGGAGCGCGAAGCCAUCCAGGCCUUCCACUCCGAAGUCCAGAAGAUCGCCCAGCAUAACGGCAUCAAGCUGAGCGGAAUCAACCCGUACACCACAAUCACGCCACAGAGCAUCGACAGCAAGUGGGAGCAGGCGCAGCAGCUGGUGCCACAGCGUGACCAGGCCCUGCAGGAGGAGCUUCGCAAGCAGCAGUCCCACGACAACCUGAGACGCAACUUUGCUGAACAAGCAAACGUCGUCGGCCCCUGGAUACAAAACAAGAUGGAGGAAAUUGGCACGAUAUCUAUCGAGAUGAUCGGCACCCUGGAAGACCAGCUGACCAACCUGAAGGAGUACGAGCGGAGCAUCGUGGACUACAAGCCCAACAUCGAGCAGCUGGAGGGAGUCCACCAGCACAUCCAGGAGGCCCUCAUCUUUGACAACGUAUACACCGCCUACUCCAUGGAGCACAUCCGUGUGGGCUGGGAGCAGCUGCUCACCACCAUCGCCAGGACCAUCAAUGAGAUCGAGAACCAGAUCCUGACGCGUGACGCCAAGGGCAUCAGCCAGGAGGAGCUGUAUGAGUACCGAGCCUCCUUCAACCACUUUGACAAGGACCACAGCGGUGCCCUCAUGGCCGAGGAGUUCAAGGCCUGUUUGAUCAGUCUGGGCUAUGACGUGGAGAACGACAAACAGAAGCGCUCAGGACAGAUGGUGUCAGAUGAUUUCCGGGCUCUGCUCAUUUCUACAGGAAACAGCCUGGGUGACGCAGAGUUCGCUCGCAUCAUGGGCAUCGUGGACCCCAACAACACGGGCACCGUCACCUUCCAGGCCUUCAUUGACUUCAUGUCCCGGGAAACCACCGACACGGACACCGCCGACCAGGUCAUCGCUUCCUUCAAGAUCCUGGCCGCCGAUAAGAACUUCAUUACGGCGGACGAGCUGAGGAGGGAGCUCCCCCCCGACCAGGCGGAAUACUGCAUCGCCAGAAUGGCGCCCUACACGGGGCCUGACGCCGUCCCCGGAGCCCUCGACUACAUGUCCUUCUCCACCGCCUUGUACGGAGAGAGCGACCUGUAGGGCGGCGGAGGUGGACAGUCGAGGGGCGGGUGGGGGGUGGGGGUCAGAUGGCGGGGUGGGUAGCGUGUUGAGGAAUCAUCUGGAAGAAAGCGAGGCGUCCUCUGCGUGUGCCAGUGUGAAAAUGUUUGAGCGUGUUGAGUGAAGCCUAGCUAGUCUCGGCCCAACGUUGACUUCCUUUUGCCGGCGUCCCCAAGGAAACGUGGGCGGGGACAGCUGGAGGGGGCGGGGGCCGCUCUUUAACUUCACCCUCUCUGCCUUUUUUGGGGGGAUGGGGCGGGGGUCACGAGCUAAUCUUGAUACUUACGCUAAAAUGUGUUUAUUUUAUUAUAAUUUUGUUCUUCUCGCAAGGGGGAGGAGUCAGGUCUGCGGGGGCGGGGUCUUACACGUUGACUGCCCGUGUUUGUGUAUUAGAUCCUAGAGUUAUAUGCUGCAGCGUUGGGAUGGGGCGGGGGCAUGGAAACAUAUUUACCCAUAAUUCCCUUCUUGCUGGAUAAGGUGACCAACUUUUUCUUUCUUUCUUUCUUUCCUUUCUUUCGUUCUUUCUUUCCUGCAGCGGGUGGAGGGUGGUGUCAGGGUGGGGGCGGAGCUUGUUUUGGUGGGAGUGGUGCUUGAAAUUGCCACUGUAAAUAUUUGUUUUUUCCCCAGUGCGACGGAUGAUACUUAAAAGUAGAGAAAGUUUGAUUGUGUGCAGUUUCACCAGGGAGGAAUUUGACUUUUUUUUUUUUACGUUAAUUUACAAGUCACAUGACAGGUGACACCCAAUCAUGAGGCAGUAUUCUGAAAAUUCUUCAAGCGCUUAGUAAAUAGAAGGUUGUCGACAUUCACGCUCGUUCGUUUUUGAUUGGCCGAAUGCAGAUUCUUGCACUUCCUGGUUUGGGCGGUUGCCAUGGUGACAGCAGUGUUGCAAAAUGAUGGAAGCGAUGAAGAGAAGUGAGCUAGUUGGUGUCCACAGCACCAUCCUCCCUCUUUCUCUCUAUCUCUCUCUUUCUCCACUUCCUCCUCAUCCUCAGCUGUCUUCAAAUGAAGGGAACGUACCACAGUGAGGGGUGGGGGUCUUUACUUCCCAAAAUGUACAAACAAAAUCGAGAAAAAAAGGAAAAUGGUGUUGAGAAAAAAAUCUAUGCAAUAGAAAUGAGAAAUUGAAUCAAACGUCUAAAUUGAUUUUUCCGGGAGGGGGGUGGGGGAGACGGGGGAAAGUAAGAUGGAAAAACAAAAAGUCUCGGACCAAAAGCUUCUUUCUUUGGAUUUUCUCUCCUUUUUUUUUUUUUUUUUCCCUCCGCCAGCUUGGAGAGAAAUGAACUCUGGAAAUUGUGAUUUUUCUUUUUUUUGUACUCUUUAUCAAGGAACCUUAUCUGCUGUACUGGAAACUGCAAAGGCCUUCUGUCUAACGAUGAGUGACUUUCACAAAGCACACAUAAAGUUUCCUUACAAAAACA